CACCGGGGAUGCCCGGGGGGGCCGCGGGCUGAGGCGGCCCCCGCCCGCCCGCCGCCAUGCCGGUGAAGAACCGGUACAACCUGGUGGACGAUGGCUGCGACUCCCGCGUCCCGCUGCACAACGAGGAGGCCUUCCAGCACGGCAUCCACUUCCAGGCCAAGUACAUCGGUAGCUUGGACGUACCCAGGCCCAACAGCCGCGUGGAGAUUGUGGCAGCCAUGAGAAGGAUUCGGUAUGAAUUCAAAGCCAAGAACAUCAAGAAGAAGAAAGUGAGCAUCAUUGUGUCUGUGGAUGGGGUGAAGGUGAUUCUGCGCAAGAAGCAGAAGAGGAAGGAGUGGACCUGGGAUGAGAACAAGAUGGUGGUGAUGCACGAUCCCGUAUACAGAAUCUUCUACGUGUCUCACGACUCGCAAGACCUGAAAAUAUUCAGUUACAUCGCAAGGGACGGCGCUAACAACUCCUUCAGGUGCAACGUCUUCAAGUCAAAGAAGAAGAGCCAGGCGAUGCGCGUGGUGCGCACGGUGGGACAGGCCUUCGAGGUGUGCCACAAGCUGAGCCUGCAGCACGCGCUGCAGAACGCCGACGGGCAGGCGGACGGCGCCAGCGACAAGUCAGCCGAGGAGCAGCCCCUGGAAGUUCACCAGAUAAAGGGCUCCAAGAUCAUGGAUGAGGUUGGCAUCAACUCUGAUGGCAUCUGUGUGUCCGAGAGGGGACCUGGAGAGCUGCCAGGUGCCAGGGGUGACCUCGGCCUGCUGAAACCUGGGCAAGCCUCAAAGGAUAAGAACUGCCAGGAUGCUGAGAACUGCUCACUGCACCCGGCUGGCUCCCAGCCGCUGCUCAGCCCCAGCAGCCCCUGCUCCGCGGCCUCCAUCACCCCGCUGGCCUCCCAGCACUGCCUCCAGCUGCUGCAGCAGCAGCUCCUCCAGCAGCAGCAGCAGACGCAGGUGGCCGUGGCCCAGGUGCAGCUGCUGAAGGACCAACUGGCGGCCGAAACGGCGGCUCGGAUCGAGGCUCAGGCCCGGGUGCGGCAGCUCCUGCUGACCAACCGGGACCUGCUGCAGCACGUCUCGCUGCUGGUGCGGCAGCUGACGGCGCUGGAGGCCCGGGACGAGAACCGGCAGCCAGUUGACCGCUCCCUGCAAAACCUGUCCCUGGCUCAGUCCCUGUCCCUGAACCUGAAGAACCACUACAGCCUGGACAUCCACCUCCCGUCCACCUCCAGCCCCGCCAGCAUCCUGGGCAGCCCCGUGGGCCCCGGCUCACUGCCGGCCCUGGAUCCUGGGGACUCCUACCUCAACCUCCUCAGCCUGGAGAGGGGCGGCCAGCGCUGCGGCAGCAGGGAUGGGGACGAGUGCCUGGCGGUGCUGGAGGGGCAGGACGGGCUCAGCCGGCGCGUGGAGGGCUCCGAGGUCAGCGACUUUGCUCUGCUCAAUGGGAGCAGCCGGCAGAAGGGGGACGACACGGACAGAGGGGACGAGGACAGGCGGCCGCAGCCCAUUCCCAAGCUGAACCCGCCACCUCCCAUCCUACGGAAGAGGUCAAGCAAGACCUCCCCGAGCCUGGAAGUGGAGGUGAAGCCCGAGAGCGCUGCCCACAUGAGCCUGCCCAGCCCCAGCAUCUCCAGCCUCACCAGCAUCACUGCCAGCUCCCUCACCCUCUUGGACCCUGAGGCAAGGACUCCCGCACGGAGCAGUGCCUCCAGCACGGAGCCCAUCCCAGCUGGGACCUGCCAGCGCGCUCUGGGCAAGGACAGGACUGGGGAGAGCGGGCAGAUGUCCCCCCUGGGCAGCAUCCAUGACCCUGCAGGCACUGAGGCCUUGGCCAAGGACUUGGCUGCCCUGGCCAGCCCCAUGGACAGCAUGCUGCCCUUCUCCCCUGCAGACAAUACGUGCUUGCACAUCAGCUUCUCUGAAGAUGAGCUGCUUGAACCAGAGCUGCACGCUGCCCUGGGGCCCACCAGGGUCCCCUCCUAGUGGGACUGCAGUAGGUGGCAGCUGGCUCCCAGCAGCUCCAUCCACACUGCUCCACCAGCCCACACUGCGGUUGGGGGUCCUGGUGCCCUGGCUGGGAAGCAGGUCCCUUUGCUGUUCCCAUCCCAUGUAUGGGGCUGCCACACAGGAUGUGACCUGGCCAGCUCAUGCCCUCGGUCUGUACCAGCUCACACUGCCUUCCUGCUGCCUUGUCCUGUCCUGUCCCUGCUCACACAGCAGGAUGCUGCCUGGGGUCCCUGCUCCAGGCAGACAAUUCGUGUUCAUCACUGCAUCCCUUCUGUUGGCCGGGUGGCUGCAGGCAGCCCUGCACCAAACCCUGGCAGGAUGUGUGCCAUCG